AACCAAACGACCCCUUAGAAUAAGAUAAGAAGAUAGACCCAAGAAGUUUGAAGCUUCUCAGGAUAGUCAGCUAUGGCAGUUGGGUUAGUUGUGUUCACAGCCUUCGCAUCACUAACUCCAAAACCAACUCCCUUUUCGUUAAUGUCCCACCAAAAUCACCCUUCUGCAGAAAAGAGACCUUGGCGCAAGAAACAGGGAGGAAAUAUUGAGCCACGCGGUAAUUAUGCAGAUUGUGCUUCACUGAUACAGGUGUUAAGUAGGAAAAGAAUGCCUGUUGUUGCUGAAAGGCUAUUCCUUGAUAUGAAAUCUGAAGGUUUUGUACCUGAUAACUCUACUUUGUCAGCACUGAUGUUAUGCUAUGCCAAUAAUGGUUUAUUUUCCAAAGCAUUAGCUGCUUGGGAUGAAAUUAUAAACAGUUCAUAUCUGCCAGAUGUUCAUGUAAUUGCUGAACUGAUUGAUAUUUAUGGCUGCAAAGGAUAUUUAUAUGUUGCUGCCAGAAUAUUGCAUCAGAUUAAGUUGAAAGAUUCCAACUUGCUUCGUGAUGUUUAUGUUCGGGUUAUCUCUCGUUUCGGAAAGAAAGGGCAGCUUGAAUUGAUGGAAAUUAUGUUGAAAGAGAUGGUUUCAAUGGGGUUCCCUGUUGAUUCUGCUACCGGAAAUGCUUAUGUAAUAUACUAUAGCAAUUUUGGCACGCUGAGUGAAAUGGAAGUUGCAUAUGGCCGUCUUAAGAUGUCAAGAAUUCUUAUAGAGGAAGAAGCUAUCAGGUCGAUCUCCUUGGCUUAUCUCAAGGAAGAGAAGCUUUAUAGUUUAGGUCAGUUUGUAAGAGACGUCGGUCUUUCUAGGAGAAAUGUGGGAAAUCUCCUGUGGAACCUGUUACUUCUUUCUUAUGCUGUCAACUUCAAAAUGAAAAGUUUGCAGAGAGAAUUUGUGAGAAUGGUAGAAAGUGGUUUUUUACCUGAUCUUAAUACUUUCAAUAUUAGAGCUUUGGCGUUUUCGAAAAUGUCAUUGUUUUGGGAUCUGCAUGUAACCCUUGAACAUAUGAAGCAUGAGAAGGUAGUUCCUGAUCUUGUGACUUACGGUUCUGUUGUUGAUGCAUACUUGGAUAGAAAUCUGGGACGAAAUUUGGAUUUUGCUUUACAGAAAUUUAAUAAAAAUGAUUGUGUUACAAUAGCAACAGAUCCACUUGUACUUGAGGCCAUGGGGAAAGGGGAUUUCCACUUAAGCUCAGAGGCACGUUUAGAGUUCAGUAAGAAAAAGAAUUGGACGUAUGAGGAGCUUAUCAGUACCUAUCUCAAGAAAUACUUCCGCCGUAAUCAAAUCUUUUGGAACUAUUGAUGAUGAAUAGCUUCUGAGCUGGAAGUUCCGUGCAAUUGCAUUGUGCGCAGUUAUGUGAACAAUUUUUCAGGUACUCUGGUAAACAUGGUUUAUCGGCCACUGACUGCAGCUACCCAUUCACUGAUUUUAUCAGAAAGGAUAUAACUGGAAGCUGCAUUUUUGGCAGACAGUUAAAGUAGCUACUAAGAGCAAAUCAAAAAGAAAAUGAAGAGAAGGAAAUUGGUAAGGGGGGCGCGUGAGGCCGUGAGAGGGGUGGUGGUGGUGGUGGUGAGGGAAUGGGGAGGGGAGAGCUAUGUUACUCGGACUCUUCAAAAAUGGACACGGGUGCGUGUCGGAUCCUCCAAAAGUAGUGCAUUUUUGAAGGAUCUGACAUGGGUGCGGCUACAUUUUUGGAGAGUCCGAGCAACAUAGGGGGAGAGUAAAAUAUCAGAGUGGGCGGAGAAACAGGUCUUGGAUUUCAAAAAAAAUAAAUCUCGGGUGUCCUUCAAAGAUUCGAGGAGAGGACAAUAUUACUCUUAUAUGAUCAAAAACACAAGAAUGGUGUGAAGUGAGUAGUGGGGAAGAUAUGCGAGUCAUGUUGAGGUUGAAAACAUAAACGAUGAUGGAGUUAAAGAACUUGGAAUGCUCUAUCAAUUGUGAUUGGAAAUAUAUAGAGUUGGAGGAGGCAAGAGAAACAUGAGGAGAGUGUACAGUCUUACUUAUGAACGUUAAGAUAGUUUCAUGCAAUGCAAGGGGGAUUAAUUACCCGAGAAAUGAGGCCAUCACCAAGGUAGAGUUGAGGGAGUAGGCAACAGGGCAAUAUGUAUACAAGAAAAUAAAACGGGAAAAGUUAACCAGAAUAAGUUAUCAGGUGCAUGUGGAGAAGGAGAUAGGUGAGGAACAAAACGAUCCCUACUAGAGAGAGCUUUGUGGAUGUGAGGAAGUUGGAAUAGUGAUAGGAGGAAGAGGAAUUUCUCAGUUGCAAUCUUCUUUAGAAGUGUGGGAGUCUAUGGGCCAAUAAGUGAGUGGUCAAAGUAUAGUUCUGAGAAGAAAAAUCUAGGUUGAUGUCCGAAUGGGGAUGCACCAUGAGUUAUAGGUGGAAUUUCAAUACAAUACAGAUCCUUAAAGCUAUGGAGAUUCACUAAAGAAAGUCAACAUCUAUGGGGAAGAGUCAUUAAAGCAGAGCAUGGGAGAAAGAUAAAUGGAUGACCAAAGAGGUAAACACACCUUAUGGAGUUGGCCUUUGGAGAUCCAUAAGGGCCCUAUCGCCUGAAUUGAAGAGCAAUACAUCCAUCAGAGUGUAUGAUGGAAACAGAAAUGCCUUCUGAAAGGACAACUGGCUUGGAAGUGGUAGUUUACAAGAGAGCUUUCCUGAUAUUUUUGGCUUAGUACUUCAUCAGCAGAAGACUAUUGCAGAACUUAAAUCAGACCAAGGACAGGAUCUUAUCUUCAGAAGAUUGCUCAAUGAUUGGGAGAUUCAGAGGGUGACAGUUUUAUAAGGCAUUGGAACUCUUCAGUGGCCUACAAGAGGGGUCUGAAAAGUUAUGGUGGUUGGGACAUAGCAGUGGCUCUUUUAGGGUGGUAGUGCCUACAAGUUACUGAAUCAGACCAACUAGUAGGUUAUGAACUGGCCAUGGAAGCACAUCUGGAAGAUUUAAAUCCCAUAUAAAGUUUCUUGUUUUGUUUGGAUUCUGGCCAGAGAGGAUCACUUUAAGCUCCAGCUGUUGCUUUCUCUGUGGUGAGGAAGCGGAGACAGUUAAUCAUCUGUUUCUACAUUGCAAAAUUACAGAACAACUAUGGAGAAUGUUCAUCAAACUUAUGCUUGGAAGGAUUAUUGAUGUUCUACGAAGCAGGUUCUCAGGCAAUAGACAUGGAUAGAUGGAGAACUGUCCUGGCAAGCAUUUGGUGGACAAUUUGGAAAGAAAGAAAUUCCAGAUUACCCCUACCUCGGAAGGUAGGGAGGCUGUUUCACUGGGAUAAAUAACAAGUAACUGGUAAACCAGCUAUCUUCAGCUAUAUCCUAGAAGAUGAACUAAAUCAAAGAAACUGCUUGUGGUAUCUUUGGCGUCAACAGCAUCUUGCCAAUAUCUCGGCUCCUCCAACCUCUUUCAGUUUUAUGUAUAUUCUUAUUCUCCACUUGAUCUUGUGCUUGAUGAAAAGGGGUUGCUUGAGCGGCUUUUAUUGCUAUCAGUUCCUGAAAUUACCUGCAAAAAAUCAUGACUUAUUAUGUGUUUGAAGAUUCUUCUUCAUGGUGGGUAUGCCAAUCAGCAUUGCUGACAUUCACUUACUUGAGAGCUAGAUCGACUUUCACUGGAUGGGGUUCUUGGGCUGCUUCCAUAAGGCAUUGGUUGCAUUGCUUCUUCAGCGAGUACGCGUAACUUGUUAAGUUCAGGCAAAAUGACAGUGCCAAGAUCUGGUCGAUCUUUACGCCUGAGUUCUGCACACUUGAGUGCUAACUUGGCAAAUGUCAGAGCCUGUUCAACAGGCCAGUCAGGAACUGCUGGAUCAAGCAUAUCAGCAAAAGUGCCUUUCUCAAUUGCCCUCUCAACAUGGUGGGUCAAACCCAUUGGAGGUCUGGCUGUAAUUAUUUGGAGAAGCAUUAUUCCAAAGUCAGCUACAGAAGGGGGGACGAGCCUAGCUAAACCAACGUCACUGAUCUUACUUACAUAAUUGCGGUCUAGCAAAAUGUUGCCAGGUUUCAGAUCCCGGUGCACUAGAGGUUCUGGCUUGGUCUGGUGAAGGAAAAGGAGGCUAGUACCGACCUCUGCAGCUAUACGGAAUCUUAGUUGCCAAGGAAGAACUGGAGUGUUUCCUCUUCGGAAGAGGCGAUCAUCUAAGCUCCCAUUGGCCAUGUACUCAUACACUAGGCAGCCAAAUUCAGGGCAGGCUCCAAGUAGAAGAACCAUGUUUGGAUGCCUUAUGCAGCUUAGAACUUCAACCUGCAUCAGGGCAAAUGAAAAGGGACAUGAGAGAAUAUACCUUUUUCGGGAACUACUCUAUGACUGAUUGGAUUUGGUUAGUAUGGAAUUUUAUUUGGCGUGAUGGGAUUUCUGCAGAUAUUCGUGUACUUGGGAUGUUGAAAUGCGUACCAGGUUGUUGGUUGAUGACCAUGAUCCAUUUCCACUCUCAAAAGAAUUUGAUGAUAAGGCAUUAGCUUCAGAUAACCUGGUUCCUGAGAAUGAUGAUCCAAAGCUUAAUCUGCUCUCUGUUUCUGAGCUGUUUGAAAGUCGAGGAGCAGAAUAUCUAUUAUCUGUGUCUGAGCUGUUUGAAAGCCGAGGUGGAAGACCCAAUUCAUUAUUGUCCAUAGAGAUCAGAAAUGCACGAUCUGAGCUUGGACGACCAGAGCUCACAAAUGAUUGGGAAAUUAUUGCAAUAUGCUGCUGGUGAAAAAGCAGACCUCUUGUGUUGUUGAUUUGUGCAUAACGUGUAUCGAUGAGGCCAAGCUUAGCACCUAGAGAGGAGCUGGUCUGAUUCUGCAGCGGGGCAGGUGGUGUACUGGGAACAGGCGCAGAUGGACUCUUUAUCGUUUGAACUUUCCCUUUGGCAAUCACAUAAACCGUGCAAAAGCCUGGUACAACUUUGGUGACGGCGCUUGGAAUAUCCAUUGUCUUGAAUCUUCGAAAGUCUUAAGUGUUCUCCCAUCACCAGAUUCUCUAUGACAUUGGUUGAAAUGUAGUCGCUUAUGGAGUUUGCUACGUCUAUGCCUUCGAUUACAACUUCAUUGACUUGAAUCUACGACAAAGAGAGAAAAGCUUAUUCAGAAAAUGAAACACGAGCAAGAAAUUUAGUAAGUAGCUGCAUAUACUUACAUUUUUACGGUUGCAGAAGCAUCGGAAGGGUAAGAACAACUCCUUUGCUUGACUAUCAGGAUCACUUCUAUAUACUUUGGGAGUUCCAUCACUCACAUCUGAGAAAGAACAGUUUUUCCAAGUAUGUAAAAAGUGCUUGAAUGUAUUCUUUCUUUUCUUUUCUUUUCUUUGGAGGUAGUGGACACGCUUAAUGCCGGAGGUGGAUGUAGACUUUGAAUAAUAGGUUCAACUGAACUCAAUAUUUUCGACAUGAAACAUAGAUAUAUAUGUGAAAAGUCACUAAA